CUGAAGAUGGAAGGUAAAUCCUUGUCUCUCACUCCUCAUGAAUGGGGGCAGCUGGAAUUAUCUGAAAUGAUCCUCUGUAGAGGUGCAAACCAGGAAAAUUAUGAAGACAUAAUCUCCUUGGAUGAUAAACUAAGUAUGGAUAUCAGAGAAUCAAUCCAAAAACAAGAACUUCACAAGAAAUUUCACCCACCUUGCCAGCUUAGCAGCAAGGUUUCCGGGGAUCUAGGAGGUGGAGAAUCUGGUGAACAAGAAAGCAGAUUAGAAAAAAACAAGAGAAACACUACUAGAAGAAAACAAUAUAAAUGUGAGGAGUGUGGAAAGUGUUUUGCUCAAAGUUCAGGUUUGAGUAAACACAGGAGAAUUCACACUGGAGAAAAACCUUAUGAGUGUAACGCAUGUGGGAAAGCCUUUAUUGGGAGUUCAGCUCUUGUUAUACACCAGAGAAUCCACACUGGAGAAAAACCUUAUGAGUGUGAAGAAUGUGGGAAAGCCUUCAGUCACAGUUCAGAUCUUAUUAAACAUCAGAGAAUCCACACAGGUGAGAAACCCUAUGAAUGUGAUGAUUGUGGGAAAACUUUCAGUCAGAGCUGUAGCCUUCUUGAACAUCACAGAAUCCAUACUGGGGAGAAACCUUAUCAAUGUAGUAAAUGUGGAAAAGCUUUCAGGCGGAGUUCACAUCUUCUCAGGCAUCAGAGAAUCCACAUCGGAGAGAAACCCUACAAAUUUAAUGAAUGUGGGAAAUCGUUCACUGUGAGCUCAUCCCUAACUCGGCAUCAGAGAAUUCCUACUGGAGAGAAACCUUAUAAAUGUAAUGAAUGUGGGAAAGCUUUUUUAUCAAAACUUAUUACUCAUCAGAGAGUUCAUACAGGAGAGAAAUCUAGUAGUUUUGACACAUGUGGAACAACCUUCAAACAGCAUUCAGAAUUAGUUAAAUGUCGAAAAAUUUGUUCAGGGAAGAAAACAUACAAGUGUAAUGACUGUGAGAAAAUCUUUAGUGACCGCUCAAACUUUAUUCGUCAUCAGAGGAUUCAUACUGGAGAGAAACCCUACAAAUGUAAGGAAUGUGGGAAAGCCUUCAGCCAGAGUUCAUCCCUUAUUGAACAUCAAAGAACUCAUACUGGAGAGAAACCCUACAAAUGUAAUGAAUGUGGGAAAUCAUUCACUGUGAGCUCAUCCCUAACUCAGCAUCAGAGAAUUCAUACUGGAGAGAAACCUUAUAAAUGUAAUGAAUGUGGGAAAGCCUUCAGUGAUUGCUCAUCCUUUACUCAACAUCAGAGAAUUCAUACUGGGGAGAAACCUUAUAAGUGUAAUGAAUGUGGGAAAGCCUUUAGUGAUUUUUCAUCUCUCACUCAACAUCAGAGAAUUCAUACAGGAGAGAAACCCUAUAAGUGUAAUGAUUGUGGUAAAGCUUUUAGCCGUAGUACACACCUAACUCAACAUCAAAGAACUCAUACUGGAGAAAAACCCUAUGAAUGCAAUGAAUGUGGGAAAGCCUUCACUGCACAUUCAACCUUUACUCAACAUCAGAGAAUUCAUACUGGAGAGAAACCCUAUGAAUGCAGUGAAUGUGGAAAGGCUUUUCCUGAAAGUUCCUCACUUACAAAACAUCAGCGAGUUCAUACUGGAGAGAAGCCAUAUGAAUGCAAUGAAUGUGGGAAAGCCUUUAGCCAGAGCACGCAUCUUAUUCAGCAUCAUAGGAUUCAUACUGGAGAGAAGCCCUAUAAAUGUAACGAAUGUGGAAAAGCCUUUGGUAAUAGUUCAGUCCUUCUUCGACACCAACAACUUCAUACCAUAGAAUAAAUCCUGCUAAUAUUAAAACUUGGGGAAAGAAGUUUUUCAUCAUUUGCCCUAAUUUUCCGUGGCAUUUACUUCUAGCACCCAUAGGAAGGCCUGGCAUAUUGCUUGGCUCUCAACCCCUUAUUAAGUAUAUACAAAGCUUCCUAGCUAGGAUAGGUGUAUCAGAAAUAAUAUUUCCAUGUUAUGAUGUUAUGUAAUUUGGCCUACUUUCUCCUGCUCCUUUGACCUGUACAUCUGAUUCUUGACUGCCUGCCUACCCAAACUUUUAAUCAUACACUUUGCCCCUGAUCUUUGUAUUUUGGUUUUCAUCUACCUGCUUAUAUGGGUUCUGAUAUUAUUUUAUUAGUUUCUGUGCAUGUCUUAAUUUUUACUGGUUUACCUGGAUCCUCUCCCAUUGAUCUUCCCUGAUUUCAGGUAUCCAUAUAUGCCCUGAUAUAUACUUAUCUGUCUGCUUUCUAAUGUAGAGCUUUACACUGACUUUUAAUGAUAAUAUCCGGAGUCUUCACUAUUUAAUGGCAGGUUAUCACCUAUUUUGGAAGUCUGAUGUCUCAGCAAGUCCCUUGACUGUUCUACUCUUGGCUUCCUAUUGCUUCCUCUCUCUGUUAUAAUAAUAGCAGUAAUGCAAUGUAUAAGUGAUUUAUUACUUAUUCAAGAAUCAUCCUUUCUUCCAUUUGUCUCUUUUCUGUGGCCAAGUGAGAGCAACGUCUGUUGUGACAUUUACAGUUAUGAAUUGUCUGUACUAUUGAAUUAUACUCUUUAAGUCUCUUAACAGUGCUGAACUUAAAGAGAAUCUCCAAAUAGGAUGUUUUUUUAAAGCAGUAAGAAAAAAAUCAAGAGGCAUUAUUUAGCCUUUGUGUCAAGAGACAUUUACUAAUGAUUAGAGCUGUACCAAGGUCUAAUAGGCUCCCUAAAAAGAUGGAGUUGCUUUCCUCUCAUUUGACAUCUUCCAGCAAAGGCCUACUCAACAACUUGUUGGAUACAUUGUAGGAAGGGAUUCUUUUUCAGAUAGGGGUUGGACUAGAAAAUCGCUGAGGUCCCUUAUAAGGCAGAAAUUCUAUGAUCUUAUUAAUAGAUGCCUCUUUGACACUUAAAAGAGUAGAUGUCAUAAUUUUGAGUCUUCCCAUUAAAGUGAGCUGAUUUUCCACACUCUUGGUCUCUGCUUCUUUACAACA